AUGGCCCCACCAUCGCCACCUCGGCCCGCGGCUGCGUCUCAAAGGAAGAGAACAGUGCGCGCGGCCCAGGUUUGGCACGGUGCAGCCAGACGUCGCACGGAUGCCGCGGCCGCAAUGUUGCAGCGGAUUGGAGGACAGCUGACCCACGUGUCUGGGUCCCGAUCCGAUGUGCACACAUCACCAUCGCCGUCACCACGUCCCACCACACCGGCUGGGACAGGAGACGCCUUCUUUGACAGCCCGGAGUUGGCCGCCUCACCGGCAAUCUCUCCGCCCCGUGAUCCCCGGAGACGACCAGCAUCGCCCAAGGAGCAGAGGCAGCGCCAGGACACGCGCCUCGAUCAAGCCACCUGGGCUCCGGCUAAAGGUAGGCCCGCCCCGCGCCUAGCGGCGCCGCCCCCCUACCCCGCUGAACGAUUUAUAUCGCCCCCCAAGCCGCCCCCCCCUCGCCCGCCGGCCUUUACGUCUCCAUGCAAGAUUUCGCCAUGCAUAGAGAUGGAGGUCUCAUACGCAGUCAUGGCUGCGUCACCGCCUACGAGACCUAAACCCAUCCCGGCCACCUGCUCACCGACAGCAAACGCGGAUGCGCCGACUCCACGGCCCCGCACCACACCGCCGUCAAGCGGUCCAAAUGGAAAGCGAAACCAAACCAAUGCAACCGGUUCACUAAUGGCGGCCGCAAACGAUCCGGCCGCACCCAGAGCGACCCGGAACAAGAAGCGCCGGCAGCGAAGGCGUAGGCAGGUGAGGUCUGAUGUCAAUCCAGACCUCCCUCCUCCCGCAUCUACCAUCGAAACAGCGCCCUCCACCUCAGUGACUGCCCCGAUUAUACCAGCGCGUCAAGAGACAAAGAGAGCCCCCCUGUCCGCUACGGGCAGUAAAGUCAAACCCCCAGCGUCCGAGCAAGCUACUGCGUACGCAGUACCCAUAGCGGAGGUCGUACAGAUCCUGCAGGAGAUCUUAGCGGCCGUCCAGGAAGGCCGAGUCAAAGAGAUCAUCCCGACCAUCCUCAGAGCCCUGACUAAGCUCUUAGUUCGAUAG